CCGGCGCCAGUUCACAGACGUCGUCCGUGUUGAGGUCACGUUCCUCUCUCGUGAGUUUAGAGUCUACUUUUACGGUGAUCCUUCGGAAACCGGUUUGAAAGUGCCCGAGGUGUGGCGUGGGCGACCAAGCGGCGUCCAACCGUAAAACAAUUACGUUAUAGUUCAAAAAAAAACCUUCCCCGUGCACCAAAUAUUUUCUUCGAAAGUGUUGUGUGACUAACCAGGAUUCACUAUCUACAGUGCGAGCGAGACAGCUGUGGAGACACGUGAGCGCGACGAGGAUAGAUAUAGUGUUCGAUUCGAAACCAGUUUGAAAAAGGAAUAGUGACCGUUUUUGAUCGUGUCUAGUGAUGCUAGUGCGCGAUUGGUGUUUGAAAGUGUAGUGUACUUUUUGAAAGUGGAAUUCAAGAUGGCGUAUUUUCCCGCGGUUUUUGGACUGUUAAUGGCCUCUGUUGUAACAGGCCAGCUGAUCUCGAUCGAGCCACGUGAAUCUGUCAGGAGGGUGGGUGACAACCUCACUGUGCUCUGCCAGGUCAACUACCCCAUUGACUCUUGUCGGAUUACCCUGGGCCCGACGCAGACAUCCUACCGGUUGCGACCCAAUGACAACGACGCGAACCAGAAUGUAAUUUAUGCGGGGAAGGGGCUCGAGAGCGGUGAAUGCGGUGCUCACAUCCGCCAGGUGACUGAAGACCUGAAUGGCAACAUUUCGUGUACUCUGCCCCCCGAGCGCGGGCCGGUCGAGAUCACUGCGACCAUGCGACUCGUUGUUGCUAGACCCCCCAGCGAGCCCCAUCUUGAAGGACCAUCGUCCCCCUCGUUCCAGGAAGGUGACACAUUCUUGGCGCGGUGCGUCGUGCCUGACGGCAGACCCGCUGCCAAGAUCCGGUGGUAUUUGGACGACAACGAGCUCCACGAAGGCCUCUACAAGCCUGUCAUCACGUCAUCUCCCGGCGCCGACCUGCAGACUAUCUCUCAGAACAUCAGCAGGGUCCUCUCCGCUGACGACAACAACAUGGUCCUCACUUGCAGAGCUGAACACGAAGCGCUGCUGGAGCCGAAAGAGGCUAAACGACAGUUCAUUGUGUAUUACAAGCCAAAACGCCUAGAACCAGGCACUAUCACGAUCUUCGGUCUGAAGCUAGGCGCGGAGGGCCGCCUCAACGUGACGGUGCGCGCUAACCCGCCGCCGCGCGCCGACUGGACGCUGGGCGCGCGCGCGCUGCCUCCCGGCGCCGGCGACGGACACGUCACUGCUCUACAACCGCUUCAUCUGGGCGGCGGUUACUACAACGUGACUCUCCUCAUCUCCCAAAUCGAGAAGGAGGACGUCGACCGCAAGUACUACCUGAGGGUGUCCAACGACCUCGGCUCUGAAGAGUUCACUGUCCUCAUCAGCACUUUGGACGAGCCCACUGGAGUCGAACUGGAGGCUGGAGCAAUAGUAGGCAUCGUAAUCGCAGUACUGCUCCUACUCAUUGCUAUAACCCUCAUCGUUUUCGCUAAAGCAACCAACCGAUGGUGUUUCGCCGGGCGUUCGCACCACACCGACAUCCCCGACGGGGCGGAUUCGGAGGCGCCCCUCCCCUCCCACGAUGACAUCAAGGGCUCAGAAAACCCUUCCCAUGACCAUGGGGAUUACAUCAGCAACGGAGACACGAAACACCCGGAGAAAAAGCCAGACACAGCUGUCUAAGUUUCUAACUGUAAGUCUCAAUCUCGACCGCUGAAAGGAUAUAAAAACUUAUGCGCAGGAAUGAAAAUAAUCAUAUACUUACAGACACUUCUGCGUACACUCGAGUGUAGACAUUAAAGAAUUGUAUUGUUACAAUUGCCAUAGCACCAUCCUGUGUCCGCAAAAGUGAUUUUAUUUUUCAAUUUUAAAUCACAUUUAAAUUAGGGAAGCCAUGUUGUCUUCUUUUUUUUUUUAAAUAUUUGACAUUCACAGCACGUGACAGCACAUAAUAACAUUUUAAAUAUAAUAUGUUUGUACAUUUUUAUGAAUAUCACUAUUAUAUAUAGCAUAAUGUCGACUGCCGCGAUCUGAGUAUUUAUAUCCAAUUCAGUUGAAGGGAAUUCAGGAUGCUGCCACUUGUAAUCGUUAAUAACGGUUAUAUUUACAAUUAAGACCUAACCCUAUGUACCCGAGUACAUAAUAAAGUAAUUCAACGUAGGUGUAUUUAUGACUGUCCAAAAACAAAUUCUUUCUUUUAUCUCGACUGCCUAGUAAUCAUCAUAGUUAUGUACUCAAGUUUCUAUUAUUAGUUUGUAUUUAUAAUAAUAAUAUAUGCUAAAUUGAAGAUAAAUUUUAAAUUAGCAUAUAUUAUUUUUAUAAUAUGUAACUAUACGAAUUUUAACAAAUGAUUUGGACGAAUAGUGGCAGCUAAAUAUAUUAGUUUUUAGCUUAAUAUAUAGGUUUAUGUUGGAAAGAAAACAAAAGAAUGUAUUACGCUUUUUCUUUAAAAAAAAAAUACUUAUAAUUGAAGAAAAUAAGUGUAUUUGGUCUGACUCUACUCGAUAAUAUGAGAUUGUGUAUCUUCUUCAAUUACCUUACAAUAUAUUGCUAGAUAGUACUGAUAUUAAUGGCGAUAUUAAAAAUGUCUAUCAAUAGAUUUUUAAGAGACUAUGAAAAUUAUUUAGCACAUUUAGGUAAAUAAAAUUUUAAUAAAUAAAUCGUUUCGGCGAAUUUUCGUAAUAUUGUUGUCCAAAAUGUUGUUUCCAAUUGUAACAAUCUGCUUUAUAUUCAAAUUUAUGAUACAGAUCUUUGGCUGUACGUAAUUGUUUCGUUGUAUGUCUUUUUCACGAAUUAAUCGUGAAUGUCAUUCUUGAUUUUUAAUGCCAAUGCAUAUUUUACAAGCUUUUUAUUUGCCAUUUAAUGUACAUAUUCUCCAUUAGAAUGCGUUGACUUUUAUAUAAAAGAAUCUCGUAGGUAAUCAACUAUUUAACAACGAAUCCCAACGUAUAAGAUAAGAUCGAAUUUGUGACUAUAAUAUAAAACGUUCUAGGCAUAACUUUUUUUUGUCAAUUAAGUAUAAUUUUGUAAAACCGCUAUCUCAAAAAUACAACAUUUUAUAUCACCGAACUGAUGAAGAAUGUCAAAAGCAGUGUUCAACAAAUUGUUUUUGUGCUACACAUAUACUUAUUUGAUAAAAUGUUUCACAUUUUUUUACAAAGUCGUCCAAAUGGUUUUAAUAGUGUAACGUUACAGGAAAAUUAUUUUACUUGUGGCCAAUACAACGUUUUAUCACUCUUGUUAGAAGUAAGAAGGAAGAUUUAAUGUAUUAAAUAAAAUCUUUUAAGCGUUAUAUUUGUUAAUAUGAUAUUGUUACCGCUAAACAUGUACACAAUAAAUUUUUAAUUAUGCCAAAAAAAUUAAAGACGUAAUAUUAAAGACCCUAUUAAUACAUGUGAGUAAUCAAAAUUUAAUAUUAUCGUUUAUCACCAAAGUUAUUGAGGUUUGCGUUUAUACCAAAAUAUCAAUGAAUUUAUUGACGUAGUUUGAAACUACAAUUAUUCCAAUUGAUAGUUUAUCUUGUUCUCUCGCUCUCGCGUGCAAUGACCCCGGCAUAAACAAAAACCAAAUAAAUAAAAAAGAAUUGCCAGAAUUUAUCAACGAGAAUCGACUUCGUGUGAACCGCUGCACUGGACCUACCUUUACUAUGAAGCGUAGUGUCAGGUGGCACGCUCUAAGUAUUAUAAUCAAUUAUUAAAAUUUUUUUGGAUAAAUUUUAGAUUUCGAUUUUUUAUGUUUUGACUAUGCACAUAUUAUCAGUAAUAGGUACUGAUAGUCCCAUUUUAUUGUAUGGCAUAAUUAAACAUUUAUGGUGUGUAUUGAUAGUAUAAAAUUGUCAACUUUUAUACUAACUAGCGACCGGGGCCGGCUUUGCUCGGUGUCAUUUAUGAAUGUAUGAACCUUCGGCAAUAAACUGUCUAAAUAACAAUGAAAACUGCAUCAGAAUCCGUUGUGUAGUUUAUAAAAAGAAAGCCUAAGGACAGAGACGCGGAGGGCUACUUUUAUACUAUAUAGCGAUUUGUUUAUCGAAUAUUUAUAAUUAUAUCUGUUUUGACGACCUCGGUGGCGCGGUGGUAAAGUGCUUGCCUCUGAACCAAGAGGUCCCGGGUUCGAUCCCCGGUCGGGUCAUGAUGGAAAAUGAUCUUUUUCUGAUUGGCCCAGGUCUUGGACGUUUAUCUAUAUAUGUAUUUGUUAUAAAAUAUAGUAUCGUUGAGCUAGUAUCCCAUAACACAAGUCUCGAACUUACUUUGGGGCUAGCUCAAUCUGUGUGAUUUGUCCUGAUAUAUUUAUUUAUUAUUUAUAUGUAUUUAUUUAUAUUAUCACAGUUUAGGUUAAGCUAUUUACCUAUUAUAAUUGUUUGGGCGGCCAAUUCCCAACUCACCUUAGUAUAAUGACAUUUCAAUAACGAUUUCCUACAUGUAGAAUGUAUAAUAAUAAGAUAAGAUAUAUAACUUUGUUUCAAUUUAUAUAUUUGUAUAAUUUGGGCUAUUACACAAUUUUUUUGAUCCUAUUGAAACAUAAUCAUGCCUUCAAUUUUGUAAAAACAAAUCUGUAGUUGCUAUGACAGGAAAAGCAUAGAUUCCUUGUAUUGAAAAUAGGGUUAAAAUCUACUCUUUUUUGAAAUUAUUUUCUUAUAUUCAGUAUUUUUGUAUAUUUAACUCUUAUAUACUUAUAUUUAAAUCAACUCUAAAGGUUUAUUUCCAGAUAGCAUUUAUAGAUUUGCAUUUUAUAUAUUUCGGUUGUAAUUGCUAUGUAAAAGUUUUAAUAUUGUUAAGACUCGUGUUAAAUAUAAGAUUAUAAUUAUAAUAUUUGGAACAAGUAUAAUUUUUAAAGUUUUUUCCUUGGAUACAUUCUAUUGCGUCACAGCUUUCUUUAAAAGUAGCGUUAUUCUUUUUAAAAUCUCACGUGUACUUUAGUUAUUGUUAGUAAUUAUUGUGUUCGAACCACCAUUUUGUAUUUUUACUAAAUUUUUGUAUAUACUAUGCUUGAAGUAAGUUUCUAUAAUAGUUAUCAUAAGAAUACGAACUGUUUAACUAUACUUAAGUAAUUUUUGUAUCAUUUUACAAUAUCGCGAGCAUGGCCGGAAAAUUGUAAACGUCUAAAAACUUAUUUUUGUAAAAAAAAUAUAGUUUCUAUUUUAGUUUUGUAAGUCACCAUCAUUGUGAUUUUUUUUAGUAAUUUAGGUACAUUUAUUAAUAAUUAUUUUUGUACCAAUUUAGUUAUAUUUUUGAACGUUAAGAGCCACACCGUGAACAGUCAAUUAAUGAUUAAAAUGACUUGAGAAACACUGCCAUAAACACGCUAAAACAAUGCUUUUAAAACUAGCUCAAUAUAGCUCUUUUUACUGACAAUUUAACUACUAUAGAAUUUGUCCCGACAAAAGCUUUUGUUAAUAAUCAUUAUUAAAGCUUAUCGUAUACGUCAAUCAGUCUCCGUCUAUUUAAAAUUUUAAUUAUUCCAAAAUUACUACGAACAUUAUUGUGACAUUAAUUUAAUAAAUUUAUACAAAGGGCUUGUCUGACAAAUUUUAUAAGAUGUUAAUUUCAUAAAAUAAUAAUCUAAAGCGUUUUGGAUCUAUAACUACGUCGUGUAAGCUAUGUUGCUACAAUAUGAAUAUAAAGUAUUUAUUAACUAAUA